AUGCGGGGAGUAUUCAACGUUGUCAUAGUGUUGGCAGUCCUUGCCAGCAGCUCAGUGAUUGCUAACCAGCCUGGUGUUUUAACGAAAGCCGAUCCUGAUCUUGUGGUCCGUGAUGGUACGUCUCACACGCGACUCCUUCGAGUCAACGACGAGGGAGAUGACGACUUGAAGCUUUCUGAAGCUAACGAAGAGCGCGCGAAGAUAUCGGGGCAGAGAGAAAUCGCCAAGAUGUUCAAUCUGAAGCAGAAAGAGUUUGACGCGAUUGUAGCAAAAGCGAAACGCCAUAACCUCUCUGCUGCGAAAAAGAUUCAGAAGAACCCCCUACGUGGCCCCGAUGAUCUGAAAAGUUUGGAAGUCCAGAAAUUCAUGCGCAUUUAUGCGAAGAUCAAAAACCCUGAGAAGGCUAAGAACCUGGGAUACUUCAAGAAUUCCGAGCAGUUUGCAAGGUACAAAGCUUUUAUCAAGCAACCGGUCAGCACAGUCUGA